CAAAGAAUGCGCCUGUUGAACACGACUUUGCCGCUCCUGUAGCACACUUUAUGUUGUAUGUUGUGCAUUCAUUACCAAUAAUAAGUCACUUUAUAUUAUUUAAGCCUGCAUUAGGUGUAUGUUAGUUUUACCAGCUUUAGCUAGCUGUCAGUCGUGCUAAAUUACACACUAACUCCGCUUUCUGUGAAGGCAACUACAGCUAACUCGCAGAGGACAUGGCUUACAUGCAGAUAUUGAAAGGUCUGCAGCGGAAUCUACAACAGACAGCGACACUGUACAGCGCUCAGAAAUGCAAACUCACACAAGUCAGUUUGCUCAUCCACACACACAGGACAGCGUCAACAGUGUCGAGACUGACUUUCCACAGCAGAGUCGAGGCUCCUUCUGCCAUGCCAGUACUGAGCUGCUUCAUACGGCGGGGUAUUUCGCUCGACUCUACAGCCAGAAAUCAAAGCAGCCCCGAAGAGAGAGACAAGUCUGUUUCUAGGUACCAGAGUGGGAGCCCCAAACCUUCAGCUGCACAAAAAGUAAAAGAAGCUGGCAGAGACUUCACCUACUUGAUAGUUGUACUCAUUGGGCUUGGAGUGACAGGUGGACUGUUAUAUGUGGUGUUCCAGGAGCUGUUUUCUUCCUCAAGUCCAAAUAAAGUCUAUGGGAAAGCCUUCAACAAAGUCAGGUUAGACCCAGAGGUGAUCGGUGCAUUUGGGGAGCCAAUCAAGUGUUAUGGGGAGACUACCCGUCGAGGAAGGAGGCAGCAUCUCAGUCAUCUGGAGUACCUGAAGGACGGACUGAAGCAUAUGAGACUAAAGUUUUACAUUGAAGGCUCUGAGCCGGGCCUCAAAGGAACUGUACACUCAGAGUCAAAAGAGAAUCCUGAAACUGGAAAAUAUGAAUUCCGUUACAUAUUUGUGGAAGUAGACACCUACCCAAGACGAACCAUUAUUGUGGAGGAUAACCGAUGAGAAAGAUAAGGCAUGGACUGGAAUGUGAAUAAUGUGUUUGUGUUAUUGUAUUAAUAGCUGAAGAUUUACUGUAAAUGUAACUUUAAAUCACCAUUAAAAGCAGUUAUGUGAAACAUAAACUAUUUUGGCUGAUUUUAACAUUGCCACAAAAAUGGGGCAUUUGGCAAAUAGCUUUGCAAAGUACAGUCUCUUUCACAGACUCUUAUGUGUUGUUGUUUUAUAAAUAAUACACAUGCUACAAAUUUUUUGAGAAGACUACAGGAUGACCUGAUUUUCGGAAAAAAAGAUGCUUUGAAAUUGUAAUAAAACAAGUUGGUCUAUUAUUUGCACAAGAAAGUGCAUACAGCAAAAAAUACAGUUUGUGUUGUUUUUUUUUACAGUGUUGGGUUUAAACUAUGGAUGGUCCUAUGAUUGCUCUUUCAGCUUUAUGGAAUUGAAUGCAUUGUUUAAUGGUAUUUGCAGUUAUUGUAACAAAAUAUUUAACCUUAAAGUCUUUGUUUAUACUG